CACCGAAUUAGUGGAAAUUUAGUUAUUGUUAAAGUGAUUCGACUAUAAACAUGUCUAAGCAAUUGAUGGUUUGUUUGAUUCUGGUUGCGGUUUUGGGAGACCAAUUCAUGCAAAUUGAAGGUGGACCUGGGUUUUUUACCAAAGCAAUGACAGGAAUGAUGGGAGUAAACAAUAAACGCGAAGCAGGCCGGUCAGAUCUUCAUGACGCUGCAGAGAAAGGUCUUUUGGAGGCCGUUGAAAAUUAUAUCAAGAAAGGAGCCAAAGUUGAUUCGACGGACAAACUUAAGCGGAAUCCACUUCACUAUGCUGCUAUGAAGGGUCACAAGAAUGUCGUUGAAUUCCUUAUCACGAAAGGAGCCAAUGUUAAUUUUGAAGAUCACAUUAAACAAACACCUCUUCAUUUUGCUGCUGAGAAUGGUCACAAAGAUGUCGUUGAAAUGCUCAUCAUGAAAGGAGCCACAGUUGAUCCUAUAGACGAAAACAAGCGGACACCUCUUCAUUUGGCUGCUGCAAAUGAUCACAUUGAUGUCGUUGAAUUCCUUAUCAGGCAAGGAGCCAAUCUCGAAAAUGAAGACCGAGAUGGACAGACACCGAUUUCUUCCGCUUUCGGAAAAGGUCAUAUGUAUACCGUUGAAAAGCUGCAGCAAAAUAAUGCCAAGGUUGAUAAAAUCCCCGAAAUAGGUCAAACCGUACUUUGGUGGUUUCACAAUCCUUAAAAAUAAACGCAAAUAUUGUCGCAGUUUCAUUAUAUUAUUUUACUAAGGGCCAUUUACGAAUACAUCACAAAGAGAUUUACCCAAAAGGAUUUCAUAUUUUCUAUUUUUUGGUGAUUUUUCUGUUUUUGGCGUGAUGAAAGUGCGAAAUAAUUAUA